CGCCAUAAAUCAAAGGUGUAUUGUAUGUUUAUACAUCUACUUAUUAUUUUAGAAUUUUCAUUUUUUUUAAUUCCUAAAAUCAGAUACCAGAGGAGAUCAGCAGAGUACACAUGGCCAUCAACUGCCUUUCCCUUCCCGCCACUCCCACUUUCCCACUCCCCAGCAGGAGCUUCUCUACAGUCAUCCGUUCCUCCCUCACAGACCAAUCCCAGUCCCCCUCCCUCGCCGCCAAACGCCAUCUCCUCCGCCUCAUCGCAGACCAAGACCGCGGCAUCAAAACCCAAUCCGACCCCCAAAAGCUUUCCCAGAUAAUCGACGCUAUCGAUUCAUUAGCUGCCAUUGGACGUGGCACCGUCACCACAGAUAAAUCUUUGUCGGCCACGUGGCGGAUGCUCUGGACCACUGAGAAGGAGCAGCUCUUCAUCAUAAAAAAUGCACCGACUUUUGGUACCUCCGCCGGCGAUGUUUUGCAAGUCAUUGAUGUGGACCAAAAGACUCUCAACAAUGUUAUCACUUUUCCUCCCGAUGGAGUCUUCUUUGUUCGGUCAGAGAUUCAGGUUGCUUCAGCUCAAAGAGUCAAUUUCCAAUUUACUAGUGCAGUUUUACGGGGUAAGGGUUGGGAGUUUCCUCUGCCACCAUUUGGUCAGGGUUGGUUUGACUCGUUGUACAUAGAUGAUGAAAUUCGGGUGGUGAAAGAUAUUCGGCAAGACUAUCUGAUUGUCGAGCGUGCUCCAUAUUCUUGGAAAGAAUGAGAUCCUGUCCUGUUCAAGUCAUUUUCUGCUCAAGUCUAAUAAUCUCUUGUUAUCUGGGCAAUGCUGGCUGUCGGCUGGAUAUUUGUCUCUGCUCCAGCAACUGUUGUCAAUUAUUGACUGUGCUACUGUCUGUCAAACCACGACAAUCACUUCCCAUAUACAUAAAAACCACAUUAUUUAUAUAUUUAAGAAGAUAUCAUAUGAAUGCAGUGUGCAUAUGAGAAGUGCAAUACCAAUUUAGAGUCUGUUUAAGUCACGUUUAAUUUCAAAGUUUUAUUAGUGAUGACAUUAAAUAGUAUGUAACUUGUCUAAGCGGGACUACAA